AUGGCGUCGUCGGAGCCAACUGAACCCCGUCGUGAGCGCAGACCCUCCGUCGGAUCUCCCAUUGCCGACCUCCAGGGUCCCGUCGGUCCGGGUUUCAGUCGUCCCAAGCACAAGCGUACUUUUACCGGCUUCGGCCCGUCGGAGAUCAAGAGUGUGGAGGCGAGCAUUCCGGAACCGCUGCGUGAGGCAUGGCGGAAGCAUUCGGCUACCAAGUUCACGACUAAACAUGAGUUCGAGAGAGAAUUCGUGCGCCACAUCGAGACAACCCUCGCCCGUUCUCUGUACAAUUGCGAUGAGCUGGCGGCGUACUCCGGGGCUGCACUGGCGUUCCGAGACCGAUUGAUCAUUGAGUGGAAUCGGACACAGCAGCGCCAGACAUUCUCCGAUCAGAAGCGCGUCUACUACCUCUCACUUGAGUUUUUGAUGGGUCGUGCCUUGGACAAUGCAAUGCUGAACGUGGGCAUGAAAGACGUUGCGCGAGAUGGUUUGGCUGAUCUUGGUUUCCGGAUCGAGGACGCCAUCAGCCAGGAGCAUGAUGCUGCACUUGGAAACGGUGGCCUUGGCCGUCUGGCAGCCUGCUUCUUGGACAGCAUGGCAACGCUGAACUAUCCUGCCUGGGGUUAUGGACUGCGGUACCGUUAUGGAAUCUUCAAGCAAGAGAUUGUCAAUGGAUACCAGAUGGAGAUCCCGGAUUAUUGGCUUGAUAACAAUCCGUGGGAGUUCCCUCGACACGAUAUUACGGUGGACAUUCAGUUUUACGGCCAUGUCACCAAGUACCAGGAUGAAAAUGGCAAGACUUGUCACUCUUGGGAAGCAGGAGAGACAGUUCAGGCCGUUGCAUACGACGUUCCAAUCCCUGGAUACCACACAAAGACAACCAACAACCUCCGUUUGUGGUCCAGCAAGGCCAGCAGUGGCGAGUUUGACUUCCAGAAGUUCAACGCCGGCGAUUACGAGAGCGCGGUGGCAGAUCAACAGAUUGCCGAGACCAUCUCGGCAGUGCUGUAUCCGAAUGACAACUUGGAGCGAGGUAAGGAGCUUCGCCUCAAGCAGCAGUACUUCUGGUGCGCUGCCUCUCUCUACGACAUUGUUCGACGCUUCAAGAAGACAAAGAGGGCCUGGAGCGAGUUCCCAGACCAAGUCGCAAUCCAACUGAACGAUACCCAUCCCACGCUGGCCAUUGUUGAGCUGCAGCGCAUCUUGAUUGACGUCGAGGGCCUGGAGUGGGAUGAGGCUUGGAGCAUUGUGACUGGUACUUUUGGUUAUACCAACCAUACUGUCCUUCCGGAGGCCUUGGAGAAGUGGUCGGUUCCCUUGAUGCAGAACCUGCUUCCUCGCCACUUGCAAAUCAUCUACGAUAUAAACCUGUUCUUCCUGCAAUCCGUGGAGAAGCGGUUCCCCAAUGACCGGGAUAUGCUCUCGCGAGUCUCGAUUAUUGAAGAAUCGCAUCCGAAGAUGGUGCGCAUGGCCUACAUUGCUAUCAUCGGGUCUCACAAGGUCAAUGGUGUUGCUGAGCUGCAUUCGGACCUUAUCAAGACGACCAUCUUCAAGGACUUUGUGACGAUCUAUGGGCCGGACCGGUUUACCAAUGUCACCAAUGGAAUCACACCUCGGCGUUGGCUGCACCAGGCGAACCCGGAACUCUCUGCUCUGAUUGCAGAGAAGCUAGGUGGUUAUGACUUCCUGACUGACUUGACCCUGCUGGAUAGACUAGAGGUUUUCGUGGACGACAAGAAGUUCCGACGGGAAUGGGCAGACAUCAAGGCUAAGAAUAAGCUGCGGCUAGCCAGGCUCAUUAAGGAUGUGACUGGCUACUCCGUCAAUCCCAAUUCGCUGUUCGAUGUUCAGGUGAAGCGAAUCCACGAAUACAAGCGUCAGCAAUUGAACAUCUUCGGAGUGAUUCAUCGGUACCUCAGCCUCAAGGCUAUGACGCCUGAAGAGCGGAAGAAGGUGGUGCCGCGCGUGUCGAUCUUUGGCGGCAAGGCUGCUCCUGGGUAUUGGAUGGCCAAGUCCAUUAUCUAUCUCAUCAACAGUGUGGCAGCUGUGGUGAACAAGGAUGAUGAGAUUGGUGAUCUCUUGAAGGUCAUCUUCAUCGAGGAUUACAAUGUCAGCAAGGCGGAGAUUAUUUGCCCGGCCUCUGAUAUCAGUGAGCAUAUCUCUACCGCUGGAACCGAAGCCAGUGGUACAAGUAACAUGAAAUUCGUGCUGAACGGAGGUUUGAUCAUUGGUACUUGUGAUGGAGCUAACAUCGAAAUUACUCGUGAGAUUGGCGAGCAAAACAUCUUCCUCUUCGGCAACCUCGCGGAAGAUGUGGAGGACCUCCGCCAUCGACACUUCUAUGGCAGCUUCCAGCUGGACCCGCAAUUGAAGCGUGUAUUCGACGCUAUCAAGGAGGGCACGUUUGGCGAUCCCUCCUCGUUCACGUCCCUGAUUUCUUCUAUCGAAGAGCAUGGUGACUAUUAUCUCGUCUCUGAUGACUUCAACUCUUAUAUUGCCACUCAUGACAUGGUAGACCAGGAGUUCCAGAAUCAGGAAGAAUGGCUGGCCAAGUCGAUCACUAGCGUUGCUCGCAUGGGCUUUUUCUCCAUGGAUCGGGUGACUAACGAGUAUGCGGACAUUAUCUGGAAUAUCGAGCCUCUUGAUAUCGCAGACGAGGCAUGA